AUGGCUGUUGGUGGAGAGGUUGAAGACGAAAUCCAAUUUCUGCGUACGGGGGAUGAGGUGGUUUUGCAGAGCACCUUCACUUUCCAGCGGGAACACCUGAAGCUAUGUCUCGCUGCUGAAGGUCUUGGUUGCAAGCUUUGCUGCCUUGAGCCCACCUCCAACUGCAAGAAUGUUCCACCAGACCUGUCUGUGUGUGCCUUUAUCCUGGCAGGAUGUCUCUCUGUCCGAGCUUUGCAGGAGAUGCUAGCCAAUGGGGAAGACAAUGCCGAAGCGGUGAAAAUCUAUUUGCUUGUCUUUUUGCAGGCAGGACAGGGUGGGGGCCAUCGCACCCUGCUGUAUGGCCAGGCAAUGUUGUUCCAACACUCAUACAGUGGCAUGUACCUCAGCUGCUUGUCUUCAUCUGAGUCCUCAACAAAUAAGCUAGCGUUUGAUGUUGGUCUUCAAGAAGAUAAAACAGGUGAGGCGUGCUGGUGGACAGUCCACCCAGCUUCCAGGCAGCGGUCAGAGGGUGAAAAGGUGCGCGUUGGAGAUGACCUCAUACUGGUCAGUGUGUCUUCAGAGAGAUACCUGCACCUGUCCUAUGGCAGUGUAGUUGACAUCAACAGCCUGAGCUCCAGUUUGAUUGUCGAUGCAGCCUUCCGGCAAACUCUAUGGAGUGUUGCUCCCAUCUGCUCUGGGAGCGGAGUUGCUCAAGGAUAUCUGAAGGGGGGAGACACCCUGCGACUCCUCCAUGGCCACAGUGAUGCGUAUAUGACUGUUCCCUCUGCAGGGCAGGGAGAGGACCUAAGGAGGAUGAUGCAUUAUGAGACAGGAGCAGUAUCUAGCCAGGCCCGUUCUCUGUGGAGGCUGGAGAUUCUGCGUGUUGUGUGGAGUGGUAGCCACACGUGCUGGGGGCAGCCCUUUCGACUACGCCAUGUGACUACAGGGAGAUACUUGGGUCUGACAGAGGAGAGAGGCCUGCAUCUAGUGGAGCGGGACAGGGCCGACAUCUGCACAACAUCCUUCUGCUUUCGACCAUCAAAGGAGAAGCUUGACUCUGGUCCCAAGAAGGAUGUGGAUGGCAUGGGAACACCAGAGAUCAAAUAUGGAGACUCUGUUUGUUAUGUUCAACAUGUAGAUUCCAGCCUGUGGCUCACCUACCAAGCCACAGAUGUUAAAUGUGCCCGGAAGGGAGGGGUUCAGUGCAAGGCUGUUUUGCACAUUGAGGGUCACAUGGACGAUGGGCUGACCUUAUCUCGCUCUCAGAGGGAGGAAUCACAUGCUGCUAGACUCAUCCGCAGCGCUGUUCUCCUCUUCAAUCACUUCAUCAGGAAACUGGAUGGUCUUAGCCAACAAGGAAACACCCAUUCAGUACAUCUGAAAAUGGAGAGAGAAGGAUGUAGUCUGCAGGACCUGAUAAGCUACUUUCAGUCUCCUGGGCAAGGAUUGAGCCAUGAGGCCAGGCAGAGCAGCAUGAGAGCCCUAAAGAAUAGACAGAAGCUAUUUCAAGAGGAGGGAGUGAUAGGCAUGGUUCUCGACUGUAUCGAUCGUCUACACCUGUACAAAAGUGGCUCUAAUUUUGCUGGGGCUGCUGGGAAGGAAGCAGGAGAGGAGUGGGGAAACAUUCUCAACUCUUUCUAUGAACUUCUGGCUGCUCUGAUCAGGGGGAACCGACAGAAUUGUGCCCAGUUCUCGAGCUCUGUGGACUGGAUGAUAAGCAGGUUAGACAAGCUGGAGGCCUCCUCAGGUAUCUUGGAGGUUUUACACUGUGUACUUAUAGAAAGUCCUGAAGCACUCAAUUUCAUCAAAGAGGGGCACAUCAAAUCCAUCAUCUCUCUUCUGGAUCAGCAUGGACGCAAUCCCAAGGUGCUGGAGGUGUUAUGCUCUCUAUGUGUAUGCCAUGGCAAGGCGGUGCGCUCUAACCAAAACUUCAUUUGUGACAACCUGCUGCCGGAGAGAGACCUGCUGCUUCAGACACGCCUUGUCAACCAGGUCACCAGCAUGAGGCCUAAUAUCUUCCUUGCUAUGGGGGAGGAUUCAUCCCAGCACCGGAGAUGGUACUAUGAGCUGGCGGUGGAUAGCAUUGAGCCUUUCCUUACAGCUGAGCCCACCCAUCUGCAUGUUGGCUGGGCUUGCACUGAGGGCUACUGGCCCUGGCCUACGGGGGGAGAAGGCUGGGGGGCCAACGGUGUGGGAGAUGACCUCUCCUCCUAUGGCUUUGAUGGGCUUCAGCUCUGGUCAGGCUGCGUGGGUAGAAGGGUCAGCUCUCCCUUCCCUCACCUACUGAGAGAGAAUGAUGUGGUUAGCUGCUGCCUCGACCUCACUACUCCCUCCAUCUCCUUCCGGGUCAAUGGUCUGCCUGUCCAGGGUAUGCUGGAAAACUUCAACACAGAAGGACUCAUUUACCCAGUGGUCAGCUUCUCCGCUGGAAUCAGGGUUCGUUUCCUCUUUGGAGGGAGACACGGAGAAUUCCGCUUCCUGCCCCCGCCAGGUUUUGCUCCAUGUUGUGAGGCUGUGCUCCCUAGGGCUAAAUUGAAGGUGGAGCCAUGUCAGAGGUUCACCCAAGACCAUGGAAAUGGCAAACAGGAGGUCGCUGGUCCCUCUGUACCCCUCAGUCCGGUUACCUUCACUCCCACGCCGAUAGACAUCAAUAAGGUGGUGUUACCUCUACAGCUGGAGCAUAUACGAGAGAGACUGGCAGAGAAUUUACAUGAACUCUGGGUGAUGGACAAGAUUGAUCAGGGUUGGACACACGGAACUGUGAAAGAUGAGGGUAAGAGGCAGGAUCCAUGUCUUGUGGAGUUCUCCAAGCUGCCUGAACAGGAGAGGAACCAGAACACCCAAAUGGCACAGGACACUCUCAGGACUCUCCUUGCUCUUGGUUUCCACAUAAGAUUAGCUGAUGACCGUGCUGAUAAAGGAGUGAGUUAUAUGAGGCUUUCCACCAAGUAUGAGCUGCCUAGUGGCUAUAGGCCUGCACCCGUAGACCUGAGCCAAGUAGUUAUGAGCCCAUCCUUGGAGGCUGUGGUAGACCAGCUGGCUGAGAAUGACCACAAAAUCUGGGCAAGGGAACGCAUCAGGCAGGGAUGGACCUAUGGUGUUCAACAGGAUGUGAAGGCCAAGCGGAGUCCUCAUCUGGUACCUUACAGCCUUCUUGAUGAGAAGAACAGGAGACUGGGAAGGGAGGGUGUCAGAGAAGCUGUCUGUACCUUGCUUUCUUAUGGCUAUAGCCUAGAGCCCCUUGACCAGGAAAAGACCACACUGCCAGACCCAUGUUUGAUCUCCGCUGAGAAGUUUCGAGUGUUUCGGGUUGAUAAAUCGUAUGCUGUUACCUGUGGGAAGUGGUAUUUUGAGUUUGAAGUAGUGACAGCGGGAAGCAUGAGAGUGGGCUGGGCACGGCCAGGCCUCAGUCCAGAUAGAGAGCUGGGCUUGGAUGACCAGGCAUUUGUCUUUGAUGGAUCUAAGGCCCAGUUGUACCAUCGGGGCGGUGAGCCCCUUGGGCGCCCCUGGCAGAGAGGUGAUGUGGUGGGCUGUUGUGUGGACAUGGCUGAAUACACUAUGAUGGUUACGCUCAAUGGCGAGUUGCUACUCAACGCUAGAGGAUCAGAGCUGGCUGCCAAGGACUUUGAUAUCAGAGAUGGUCUGCUCCCUGUGGUCAGUCUUGACGUGAAUCAGACAGGGAGGCUGAACCUGGGCCGUCAGGUCAGCUCCCUGCAGUUCUUCACUUUGUUCGGCUUCCAGGAAGGCUAUGAACCCUUUGCUGUCAACAUGGCCCGAGAACCACCUUUGUGGAUGAGCUGGAGACAGCCUCAGUUUAGCACCAUACUGCCUGGAGAUCACAACUUUGUGGUCACAAGGGUCAGUGGGAUGGCUGACACCUCAUUUGGCCUGAGGGUCACUCAGAGGAAAAUCUCAUACCAGGGUGGAGGCAAUGAGAUGGGCUUUUACCGCCUUAGCAUGUCCAUUGAGUGUGCUGCAGUCCUGACCAGCCCUGCAGGGGGUGCUGUACCGGCGACCACCUCAGGUUAUACUAGCAUUACCUCACAUAAAGAGCUGGAGGACUGUGACAUAGACUCUGACUUUGAGGUUCUGAUGAAGUCAGCUCAUGGCUUUGCUGGUUCUAGAGAUGAGCUCAACCACAAGGACCACAGCCAUGACAAAACAUCCAGAAUCAAACAACGGUUCAUGCUGAAGAGAACCAAACCUGAGUUAGUAAAGAGCAACUCCUCUGCUCGUCUAGUAGAAGAAGUUCUUGUUGACAAGGAUAACUACGAUAAUCUUGUUCAAAGCUCCAUACAUUAUUAUUCAGUGAAGGUGCUUCCAGGCCAGGAGCCGUCCAACGUGUGGGUCGGCUGGGUGACAUCCGACUUCCACCAGUAUGACUUGACCUUUGACCCUGAUAAAGCCCGCACUGUGACUGUGACCAUUGGAGAUGACAGUGGCAAGGUCCAGGAGAGUGUGAAACGCUGCAACUGCUACAUGGUGUGUGCUGGAGAGGCCACAGGCUUGGCACAAAGCCGAAGGAGUGCAGGGCUGGAGAUGGGCUGUUUGGUAGACACGGCAACAGGCCUGCUGACCUUUACCUCCAGCGGAGUGGAGAUGGCUACCUUCUACCAAGUGGAGGCCAGCACCAAGCUGUUCCCUGCUGUCUUUGUCAAGCCAACAACAAGCAACAUGUUUCAAUUUGAGCUGGGCCGUGUUAAGAAUGUGUUGCCACUUUCAGCAGGUUUGUUCCAUAGUCAGAGGAGGAAUGCCACUCCCCAGUGCCCCUCCAGGUUGCAGGUUCAGCGGCUCCACCCAGUCAUGUGGACCCGAGUGCCUGACCGUGCACUAAAGGUAUCAGCAACCCGGCCAGAUGACCACCAUGGCUGGAUGGUCCAGUGCUCUGAGUCCUUGCAGGUCAUGACUAUCCACAUACCUGAUGAAAACAGGUGUGUUGACAUCUUGGAGCUGUCUGAACUCGAUGACCUCUUGACCUUUCACCACCAUACCCUUCUUCUUUACUGCUCCCUGUGUGCUCUUGGCAACAACAGGGUGUGCCACACCCUCAACAGUUAUGUGGACCAAUCACAGCUCCUCUUUACCAUCCAGAAUCCCCGCCUCCCUGGCAAACUCCGCUCUGCAUUCUAUGAGUUGCUCACUCAGGUUUAUCUCAGCGCUCACACCACUGCACGACUCAUGAUGAAUCAGGAGUACAUCGUCCCUAUGACAGACCAUACCAGGGCUAUCACUCUCUUCCCCAGCGCUGCCAAUGAUGGUGUUAGUGGGGAUUGUCAAUGUCCGCAGGUCACUCCCAGCAUUAGCACCUCCCUCAAGCCCCGGAUGCUCUUUUCCUAUCCUUGUUUUGUUCGAAAUGACCAGAUCACCUAUAGAGACAGUCCAGAACUACCCCUGAAUGUACUGAAGAACCUUACUGUCGAAAUGCUGACUGCUGCAGUGUUAGCUGUAGGACAAGGUAUGAGGGAUCUUGAGGGGGGCAGCGCGGAACUUUUGCUGGUUCCAUUGAUCCGACUGUUCUACAAUUUACUUGUAAUGGGGGUAUUUGAGGAAGAGGACCUGGGGAAAGUGCUAAACCUGAUAGAGCCUGUGGUCUUCUCUGGAGACACUGAAAUCGGUGAGGAGAAAGAGGAGGAAUUAGAGGAGGAUAGUGAUGUUGAACAUGAAAAAAAGUGGAAAGACUGUGGAAACAAGAAAAAGGGCUCUCCAAAACAAGGACUUCUUCAGAUGAAGCUUCCAGAAGCUGUCAAACUUGAGCUCUGCCAAGUGCUGUCAUUCCUGUGUGACUGCCAGGUGCGUCACAGAGUGGAGGCCGUGGUGGCUUUCUCUGAUGGCUUUGUGGGAGAGUUGCAGGAGAACCAGCGCUUUCGCUACAAUGAGGUCAUGCAGGCAUUUAACAUGUCGGCUGCCCUUACCGCCCGCAAGACCAAGGAGUUCCGCUCUCCUCCCCAAGAGCAGAUAAAAAUGCUACUUAGCUUCAGAGAGGAGCAGCAGCAGGAGGACUGUCCCUGCCCAGAGGAGAUCAGAGAGCUUCUGCUAGACUUCCAUCACCACCUCAUCACUCACUGCGGCAUCGAGAUGGACGGUGAACAAGAGGAGGAAGAAAGCAGCAAGAUGUCUGUGGGAGGUCGAAUCCUUAGUCUACUAGGUAGAAUUAUCCAAAUGAGGAAGACACCUGAAGAAUUUGACAUCGCGUGCAGACCAAAGAAACCCAUGUCUCUCCAGCACCUCAUCUCUGAGACGGUGGUGCGCUGGGCCCAGGAGAGCGUGAUGGACAACUCUGACCUGGUGAGGGCUAUGUUCUCCCUACUGCAUCGCCAAUAUCAGGGCCUGGAGGUGCAAAUGAGUGGGCCCCUUCACAGAACCUAUACCAUCAGCCAGGCCUCAGUUGAGGACACCAUGGCCCUCCUGGUCUCCUUGGGCCAGAUUCGCUCCUUGCUCAAUGUUCGCAUGGGGAAAGAGGAAGAGAGGCUCAUGAUCAAAGGAUUGGGAGACAUCAUGAACAAUAAAGUUUUCUACCAGCACCCCAAUCUUAUGAGGGCCCUGGGUAUGCAUGAGACGGUGAUGGAGGUGAUGGUCAAUGUAUUGGGAGAGGGAGAGUCUAAGGAGAUCACCUUUCCAAAGAUGGUAGCCCACUGCUGUCGCUUCUUGUGUUACUUUUGUCGCAUUAGUCGUAACAACCAAGGUGCCCUGUUUGACCACCUCAGCUACCUGCUGGAGAACAGUAGUGUUGGUCUGGCCUCUCCAUCCAUGCGUGGAGCAACUCCUCUGGAUGUGGCUGCAGCAUCUGUUAUGGAUAACAAUGAGCUGGCCUUAGCACUUAGGGAACCGGACUUAGAGAAGGUAGUACACUACCUUGCAGGCUGUGGUCUCCAAAGCUGUCAAAUGCUGGUGUCCAAAGGGUACCCUAACAUUGAAUGGAACCCUGUCGAGGGCGAGCGUUACCUGGAUUUUCUUCGUUUUGCUGUCUUCUGCAACGGUGAGAGUGUGGAAGAGAAUUCCUAUGUGGUGGUGAGGCUACUAAUUCGUAGACCGGAAUGUUUCGGCCCCGCCCUGCGGGGUGAGGGGGGACAAGGCCUCCUGGCAGCCAUGGAGGAAGCCAUCAGGAUCUCAGAGGACCCUGCAAUGGAUGGACCCACUUCCACCUACCAAUCCAACAGAACACUAGAUGUUGCCGAAGACGGUGAUGAUGAAGACUUCAUUCAUAUGGGGCAUGCCAUCAUGACCUUCUACUCAGCUCUCAUUGACCUGCUGGGGCGCUGCGCUCCAGAAAUGCAUCUCAUCCAGGCAGGUAAGGGAGAUGCCAUCCGUGUUAGGGCCAUCUUGAGGUCGCUCAUCCCCAUCCAGGACCUUGAGGGCAUCAUCAGUAUCCCUUUCCAAAUCCCUGCGCUAUCCAAAGAUGGUACGGUGGUUGAGUCUGACCCAUCCACAGUGUUCUGCCCAGACCACAAGGCUGCUAUGGUCCUUUUCCUGGACCGGGUGUAUGGCAUCCAGGAUCAGGAUUUUCUCCUCCGACUGCUAGAAGUGGGCUUCCUGCCUGACCUUCAGGCAGCUGUCUCUCUUGACACUACUGACCUGGGAUCCACUGACAUGGCCCUGGCCCUCAACAGAUACCUGUGUGCUGCUGUGCUGCCCCUUCUUACCAAGUGCUCAGAUUUGUUUUGCGCGUCAGAGGGCCAAGCUUUGCUGGUGGAUUCUCUCAUCCAGGCUGUCUACCGCCUGUCCAGGGCUCUCAGCUUGACCAAGGCUCAGAGAGACUCUAUUGAGGCCUGCUUGCUGGCUGUCUGCAGUAAACUCCAACCGUCCAUGAUGCAACCUCUUCUCCGGCGCCUUGUUUUCGAUGUUCCUCAACUUACAGACCACACUAAAAUGCCCCUCAAGCUGCUAACAAAUCACUACGAGCAGAGCUGGAAAUACUACUCUCUGAUUGGAGGGUGGGGGAACAUUGGCUCCGCCUCUGAUGAAGAGCUCCACCUGUCCAGGAAGCUGUUCUGGGGUGUGUUCAAUGCACUUGCAAAGAAGCCCUAUGAGCCAGACUUAUUCAGACUGUGUCUCCAGUGCCUUGCUGCAGUGGCUGGAGCUUUGCCGCCUGACCACAUGGAUCCAUGCUGUGUGUCCAGGAAGGAGCAAAAAGGGUCUGUGGGCACAGAUGGACAUUUCAGCCCUCAGCCUCUAGACACCUCUAAUAUGUCCGUCCCAGAGAGACUCGAGGGUGUAGUGAAUAAAUAUGCAGAACAUACCCACGAGAAGUGGUCGCUGGACAAGUUUGCCAAUGGCUGGGUGCACGGCGAGCAACUGUGUGAGAACUCAAAGGUGCACCCUCUCCUCAAGCCAUACAGGGCUCUCACUGAAAAGGACAAAGAAUCCUACCGCUGGGCCAUUAAAGAGACACUAAAGAGUAUGCUGGCCUUUGAGUGGACCAUAGAGAGGACCAAAGAAAGAGAGGCAUUCAGCCUGCAUUCCUGUGCACGUAGGAUCUCUCAGUCUGGACAGCUGUCUUUUGAGGGGGCAUCAACCUUCAGCCCCAAACCUAUGGAUAUGAGCAGUGUCACCUUGUCAUGGGAGCAAUGUUCUAUGGCUGAGCAGUUGGCUGAGAAUUAUCAUAAUACGUGGGCCAAGAAAAAGAAACUUGAACUGGAGACUAAAGGCGGAGGCGGACAUUCGCUGCUUGUGCCCUAUGACACCCUGACUGCUAAGGAGAAGAGCAAACUUAAAGAGAAAGCCCAGGAUGUCCUUAAGUUUCUACAGCUCAACGGUUACACUGUGUGGAGGGAUAGGAAGACAGUGGAGAUGGACUCCCCAGCCAUAGCCAACCGCUUUGGUUACACCUUCCUUCAGCAGAUGUUGUCUUACACUGAGGAGGCCCAGGAACAUGUGUUGGAGCUGGCAAGAGGACAGAUUGCCAAAGGGGAGAGAGUGCCACACAAGCAACAAAUACAUUUUUUCUCCCAGGUUGUACUUCCUUUGUUGGAACAAUAUCUGAAGAGCCAAAGUCUGUAUCUCAUGUCCACUGCUCCCAGUUCCCAUGGCAACAGAAGCCAUGCUUCAAAUAAGGAGAAGGAAAUGGUCACCAGUCUCUUUUGCAAACUGGGGGCUCUAGUGAGACACAGGAUCUCACUGUUUGGCAACAAUGCCUGCUCCAUUGCCAGCUGCCUCUACGUUUUGGCACGGACCUUGGAUUCCAGGACCUUGUUGAAAUCUGCCCCUGAGUGCAUCAGGACGUCUAUGCGAUCAUUCUUUGAGGCAGCUGCAGUGGAUUUGGAGAUGACAGUGGAGAACCUUUCUGUGACCUUGACUCCUUUGGCCCAGGGUAGGAGUCAGAAGCCCAGGGGACUAGCCAAGGUCCUCGGCUACACCACCUCCAUCCUGCUCCCCACUCUCACUGCCCUCUUCCAGCAUCUCAGCAGCCAAAGCUGUGGAGAACAUAUUCUGGUGGACAGCGUCCAGGUGUCCUGUUACCGCAUCCUCAACAGCCUGUACUCACUGGGCACCAGGAGCAACAUCUACAUGGAUGGGCAGAGAGCAGCAGUAGGCGCCUGUCUGGCGGCCCUGACCGGAGCGUUCCCUGUGUGCUUCCUGGAGCCUGCUCUCAACCCAGACAACCCUUACUCUAUCUACAACACAAUGAGUGUUACUGAGAGAGAGGACCUGGGGGUACCGGAGCAGGUGGAGGAGAUGUGUCCACUCCUGCCAUCCCUGGAACAGGCCCUGUGGGAAGUAGAGGAGCUGGUAGAAGCUGGGGCUGGGGCACGCCAGGCCCACUACAUCCACAUUACGGAGGUCACCCUGCCCAUGCUGUGCAACUACUUAUCCCACUGGUGGCAAUGGGGCCCUGAAGGCCAGCUAGGGAGACCCGUCUGCACCUCUGUUGUUCCUCAGAAGGCUAGUGACCUGCUGGGCAACAUCCUUCGAAUCAUCCACAACCAUCUGGGAAACAGUCAGGUUGAAUGGAUGAAACCGCUGGCAGUCUUCUGUCAGCCAAUCAUUUGCAAGGCCCAAAGUGAUCUGCUGAGGAGCCAUUUUCUGCCUCUAAUGGAAAAGCUGAGAAAGCGGGCAGAAUGUGUGCUUCUGGAAGAGGAACACCUGAAGACCGAGGGGCAGGGUGACCGUUCAGAGGCGGAGUUAGAGAUCCAAGAGAAGUUCACGAUCUUGGUGCGAGACCUAUAUGCCUUCUACCCGCUCCUCAUUCUAUUUGUGGACUUGAACCGGGCCAACUGGCUUCAGGAGUCAAACCCUGAAGCUGAGCAGGUGUUCAGCAUGGUGGCAGAGAUUUUUAUAUUCUGGGCCAAAUCUCAUAAUUUCAAAUGGGAGGAACAGAACUAUGUCGUCCAGAAUGAAAUUAACAACUUGCCAUUGCUGGUCAACAGUGACGAUAAAAUGUCUAAGAUAUUGGACAAUGAAAGACGGAAGACCAAGAGAAAAGGGGAUCGCUACUCCACACACACCUCUCUCAUUGUAGCUGCCCUGAAGAGACUGCUUCCCAUCGGACUGAAGGCUUGCUCUCCCACUGAUCAAAGCCUUAUCAUGCUGGCCAAGAGCUGCUUUGGUCAGAAAGACACUGAGGACGAGAUUCAGGAGCACAUAUUUACCGGUCUUCUACAGCUUCAGAGUAAGUUGGAGGCCCCAGAGUGCCAAUGGCAAGAGGCUUUCUGUACAGAGCUCCGAGGCCAGCCAGGGGUCACCCUGGACCCCCAUAGGACUGCAGGCAGAAUCCUGGACAUUGCUCGAGUUCUCUAUCACCUUGACCAGGUCGAACACCCACAGAGGAGUAAAAAGGCGAUGUGGUAUAAGGUCUUAUCCAAACAGAGGAAGAGAGCUGUGGUGGCCUGUCUAAGGAUGGCUCCCCUCUACAACCUACCCAGGCACAGAGCUAUCAACCUCUUCCUUCAGGGCUAUGCUAAGUCCUGGAUAUCAGCUGAGAAUCACAGCUUUGAGGAGAAGCUCGUAGAAGAUUUAGCUGUAAGUGGGGAAGAAAAGGCAGAAGAAGGUGCCAAACCAAUCGACCCCCUCCUGCAACUCAUUACACUCUUCAGCCAGAGUGCUCUGACAGAAAGGGGUAAGCCGGAAAAUGACAGUCUGUACAUGUCCUAUGCUGCUAUAAUGGCCAAGAGUUGUCACAGAGAGGACGAUGAAGAAGAGGUGACAAGUUUUGAGGAGAAGGAGGUGGAGAAACAGAGGUUGUCGUACCAGCAGGCCAGGCUCCAUGGCCGGGGAGCUGCUGAAAUGGUUCUGCAGACGAUCAGCGCUAGCAAGGGGAACAUGAGGUCCAUGGUGGCGUCGACUCUUGAACUGGGUAUCGCCAUUCUCAAUGGAGGGAACACCACCGUUCAACAGAAAAUGCUGGAUUAUUUGAGAGAGAAGCGAGAUGUUGGCUUCUUUCAGAGCGUGGCAGGACUCAUGCAGUCUUGUAGCGUGCUGGACCUGAAUGCAUUUGAGAGGCAGAACAAAGCAGAAGGAUUAGGAAUGUCAAUGGAUGAGAGCUCAGGGGACAAGGUGUUACCUGACAGGGAGCUCACCUGUGACCUUUUUCGUUUCCUACAGCUGCUCUGUGAAGGACACAAUUCAGAGUUCCAGAAUUACUUGAGGACUCAAACAGGCAACAACACCACCGUCAACAUCAUCAUUUCUACCGUGGAUUAUCUACUGAGAGUGCAGGAGUCUAUAAGUGACUUCUAUUGGUACUAUUCAGGGAAGGGUGUGAUUGAUGAGCAUGGUCAGCAGACCUUCUCCAAGGCCAUCAGUGUGGCCAAGCAGGUCUUCAACACACUUACUGAGUAUAUACAGGGUCCAUGUACUGGGAACCAGCAGAGCCUUGCCCACAGUCGUCUAUGGGAUGCUGUGGUGGGAUUCCUCCAUGUAUUUGCCCACAUGCAGAUGAAACUCUCUCAGGACUCAGGCCAAAUUGAGCUUCUGAAAGAGUUGAUGGAUUUACAGAAGGACAUGGUUGUGAUGCUGCUAUCCUUGUUAGAAGGUAAUGUGGUAAAUGGUACUAUUGGGAAGCAGAUGGUUGACAUGCUGGUCGAAUCUUCAAGCAACGUGGAGAUGAUCCUUAAAUUCUUUGACAUGUUUCUCAAACUCAAAGACCUCACCACCUCAGAUACCUUCAAGGAGUAUGACCCAGAGGGUAAGGGUUGUGUCUCCAGGAAGGACUUCCAGAGAGCCAUGGAGAGUUGCAAGCACUUCUCCCAACAGGAGACUCAAUUCCUCCUCUCCUGCACAGAGAAUAAUGAAAGCGAAUUCCUUGAUUAUGAGGCUUUUGUUGACCGCUUCCAUGAACCAGCAAAGGACAUUGGUUUCAGUGUUGCUGUUCUCCUCACAAACUUGUCAGAACACAUGCCCAACGAUACUCGGCUGGGGACGUUCUUGGAGCUGGCAGAGAGCGUCCUGACUUACUUUCAACCCUAUCUGGGACGCAUUGAGAUCAUGGGCAGUGGCAGGCGCAUUGAGCGGGUCUACUUUGAAAUCAGUGAGUCCAGCCGCACCCAGUGGGAAAAGCCCCAGGUGAAAGAGUCUAAGAGACAGUUUAUAUUUGAUGUCGUUAAUGAGGGUGGGGAGAAGGAGAAAAUGGAGAUGUUUGUCAAUUUCUGUGAGGAUACCAUCUUUGAGAUGCAGCUUGCAGCCCAGAUUUCUGGCACAGGAGCUGAACAGAGAUGUACUGAAAAAGAAGCAGAAGAAAAAAUGAACCAAAAAAAGGGUAAAGAUGAAGAGGAACAUGAAGGUGGCUCCCAAAAUGUUUUGUUUUCCAUACCACAUGGGAUGAUGAUUCUAGGGUCUCUAUUCUCUAUCAGAAACCUGAAGAUGCAGUUGAAAAGGAUGACUCUAAAGGAUAUUCUUAUGGCAGCCGCUUCCUCCCUCAGAUUCAUUUUCAUGGCUCUAUUCGGUUUUAUUUUUGCCUCCAUCCGGGGGAUUCUCUAUGUGCUGUACAUAAUCUUUAUCGAUGGUGGGUUCAUAGAGGGAGCCAAGAAGAUGAGGUUAUCAGACUUGGUUGGUGGCAUCAUUGAACCAACGCUGGAUGAAGUUAUGGAUGUUUCAUGUGGAGGGGAGCAGGUGAGGAGGCCGACAGUUAGCUUCUCUUCUCAGAGAGAGCUGAGGGAGUUGGGUCAGGCUGUAGCUGUGUCCUCAAGGGAGGUUGACGUCCUCUCAGACAUAUUUGGCCUAAGAGUUAGUAAAGAAGGAGGUCAAUACAGACUGAUAACGUGCGACCUUACUACCAGACUAAGCGACGUAUUCAACGCAACCACCAGACAGCGGUCUACCACUAGUCUCACUGAGAAAUGUCAGGCCCUGGUCACCAGGGAAGGAGAAACAGAAGACCACAAAGUGUCAGAGAAAGUAAAAGUACAGGGUUCUGCAGAGAGGGUUAGGAUGGAGACUAAGGCUAAACGGAGAACCAAGAGGUCCUCCAGUAGUAUCCAGGAACAAGAGACACAGCAAUCUGCCCUCUGGGAAGUGGCGAGCACUCAUCACAAAAGGCUGCUGAAUUACUUUGCAAGGAAUUUUUACAACAUGCGUUUGCUGGCUCUGUUUGUCACCUUUGCAAUCAAUUUCAUCCUUCUCUUCUACAAGGUGUCACCAUUGCCAGCACCACGUAAAGAGGAAGAGGUUUUUGGGUCAGUCCACAAUGAAGAGCAGGGCUUUGUGAACGAAAAAAACCAUCCAGGCAGUGUUUGUUUUAUCCUGGAGGAAAGCAGUGGGUAUAUGGAGCCAUCUCUGCAGUUCCUGGCUGUAGCACAUACUCUCAUCUCCUUCUGUUGCAUCAUCGGCUACUACUGCCUGAAGGUUCCAUUGGUGAUCUUCAAGCGUGAGAAGGAAGUGGCCCGAAGGCUGGAAUUCGAUGGGCUGUAUGUGACAGAGCAGCCCCCCGAGGAGGACAUUAAAGGACAGUGGGAUCGACUGGUUAUCAAUACAGCAUCCUUUCCAAGUAAUUACUGGGAUAAAUUUGUGAAGAGGAAGGUGAUGGAUAAGUAUGGGGAGUUUUAUGGCUGCCAGAGGAUCAGUGAACUCCUGGGUCUGGACCAGGCUGCUUUAGACUUCAGCUCUCAGAGGCAGGAAAGGAGAAAACUUAAACGAGACAAUGCCUGGAGUUCUCUAUUUAACUCCGUUGACAUCAAGUACCAGGUCUGGAAACUAGGGGUCGUUUUCACUGAUAAUUCUUUCUUAUACUUGGCCUGGUAUAUGGUCAUGUCAGGCCUAGGUCACUACAACAACUUCUUCUUUGCUGCUCACCUUUUGGACAUUGCAAUGGGCUUCAAGACGCUCCGUACCAUUCUCUCUUCUGUCACACACAAUGGGAAACAGUUGGUUUUGACUGUAGGCCUACUGGCGGUGGUGGUGUAUCUCUACACAGUAGUGGCCUUCAACUUCUUCCGGAAAUUUUACAACAAGAGUGAGGACGGGGCAACCCUGGACAUGAAAUGCAAUGACAUGCUCACUUGUUACAUGUUUCAUAUGUAUGUUGGCGUACGUGCGGGUGGAGGCAUCGGCGAUGAGAUAGACGACCCUGCCGGUGACGAGUUCGAGGUGGAACGCAUCAUUUUCGACAUCACCUUCUUCUUCUUUGUCAUUGUUAUUCUUCUGGCCAUCAUCCAGGGACUGAUAAUCGAUGCCUUUGGGGAGCUUCGUGACCAGCAGGAGCAAGUGAAAGAGGAUAUGGAGACAAAGUGCUUUAUUUGUGGAACAGGCAAUGACUACUUUGAUACAGUCCCACAUGGCUUUGAGACUCACACGCUCCAGGAGCACAACCUGGCAAACUAUCUAUUUUUUGUGAUGUACCUCAUCAACAAGGAUGAAACUGAACAUACAGGACAGGAAUCCUACGUGUGGAAAAUGUACCAGGAACGUUGCUGGGAAUUUUUCCCUGUGGGAGACUGUUUCCGUAAACAGUACGAGGAUCAGCUGGGAUGAUGGGAAAUCUGAGAGACCAGAGAGCCUCCCAUUAUGGCAUCCCUCACAUCAACACCAUUUUGAUCGAUGACCUUGAAUGUUGUGCGUACACUACAUUGAUUGCAAGCUUUGGCUAUUAUGUAAUGGUAUGUACACCCCAAAUGCUGCUUUCUUGGUCUGUACUGCUAAUGGAAUAAAUGAGAAACCAGAAGGAUGUCGACAGCUUUUAAAUACUUCAUAUUUGCAUAACAAGGUAAACACGCUCUUGUGUGUGUUUCCCUUAGGGUUGAAUUUUCCCAGGUUGCUGCAUGUCUGGUUUCUGCAGCAAUUGUUUUCAUUUGAUAAGGUACCACUUCGUAUAUGGUAACAAAAGUCACACUGAAUUUUAGCAGUCUUCAUCUGCAAAAGGUGAAAUAAACUCAA